AUGAAGUACUGGUACAACCUCUUCGCGGCUCUGGCCUGCCUCCUCUGCCCUGGCGCGCCCGUCGAGCUCCACCGCAAGCUCUCCGGCUGGUCCAGCGACGCCGGCGCGACGUGGUACGGCGCAGCCACCGGUGCCGGGAGCGACGGUGGUGCGUGCGGGUACCAGAACGCCGUCGACCAGCCGCCGUUCGCGUCCAUGAUCGCCGCCGGCAGCCCGUCCAUCUUCCAGAACGGCGAGGGCUGCGGCUCCUGCUAUCAGGUGAAAUGCACCGGUCACGCGUCGUGCUCCGGCAGCCCGGUGACGGUGGUCCUCACAGACGAGUGCCCCGCCGGCGCGUGCCUGGCCGAGCCCGUGCACUUCGACCUGAGCGGCACGGCGUUCGGAGCCAUGGCGAAGCCCGGCCAGGCCGACCAGCUCCGCAGCGCCGGACGCCUCAACAUCCAGUACGCUCGGGUGCCGUGCAACUGGAACGGGAUGGACAUCGCGUUCAAGGUGGACGCCGGCUCGAACCCGAACUACUUCGCGGUGCUGAUCGAGUACGAGUCCGGCGACGGCGAGCUGAGGUCCGUGGAGCUCAUGCAGCGCGGCGCCGGCGCGGCGUGGGCGCCGAUGCAGCGGUCGUGGGGCGCGGUGUGGAGGUACAACUCGGGCGCCGCCCUGCAGGCGCCCUUCUCCGUCCGCCUCACCUCCGACUCCGGCAGGACGCUCGUCGCCAGCGACGUCAUCCCCGCGGGGUGGACGCCCGGCGCCACGUACCGCUCGGUCGUCAACUUCAACAACUAA